AUAUUCAGGUUCUAAAGUCUGACUUCUCUUCCAGACCAAACCACUAACGGCCACCCUCUGAAAAUCUUCCUUUGGAUUUCCACUUUUUUAAGCCUUUACUUUUUCUAAAUCUUUGCUUUCUAUCUCAGAGACAGGGAAAUGAACAAAAUCUGCAAGAGCCCAGUUGAAGUUUUUCUACUUUCGUUUUGUUUUCUUGCAUGUUUGUUUGUUUGUUUCUGCCAUGCUGCUAACACCCUCGAAAAAGGCCAGUCCAUAAAAGACGGGGGUGACGCCUUGAUUUCCACCAACGAAAUCUUUAAACUGGGAUUCUUUAGCCCAGAAGAUUCUAAUCUAAGAUAUGUUGGUAUAUGGUAUAACAAGAUUGAGUUAAUUACGCCUGUAUGGGUGGCAAAUAGAGAUACGCCCAUCUCAAAUGGAAAUGGAACUUUAACCAUAGAUAAAGAUGGUAAUUUGGUGGUUUUAGAGGGGAAUAACACUCCAGUUUGGUCAUCUAAUGCUUCGAUUGAGUCGAACAAUACAGUUGCAAUGCUCAGCAACGAUGGAAAUCUUGUUCUGUCAAGCAGUGGAGACAUUGGUAAUACGGAAAAGGCCUACUGGCAGAGUUUUGAUAAUCCAACGGAUACGUUCCUACCAGGAAUGAGAAUUAAAUUUAACUCUAGAAUCGGAAAGAUACGUCCUUACACUUCAUGGAAAUCUGCUUCUGAUCCUUCACCAGGGAACUACUCAAUGGGAGUUGAUCCUGAAGGUGCUCCACAGAUGGUGAUGUGGGAACAAUUAAAGAGGCGGUGGAGAAGCGGGCAAUGGGAUUCUCAAAUUUUCACAGGGGUUCCCUUCAUGGCUGCUAGAACAAAUUUCAUUUAUGGUUUCAAGCUAUCAACUCCUGAUGCCAAUGGAAGCAUGUACUUUUCAUAUAACCAAAUAAAUCCCUCUGAUUUGUUGAGGUUCCAUCUCACCUGGGAUGGAUUCCAGAAGCAGCUAAAGUGGGAUGAGAGUAACAAGAACUGGGCUCAGAUGGAGAUGGAGCCGCUAAACGAUUGCGAGGUUUACAAUUUUUGUGGGAAUUUUGGGGUCUGCAAGGUGAAUAGUUCUCCCGAAUGCAGUUGUAUGGAAGGCUUUGUGCCCAAGGAUGGAGACCAAUGGAAUAUGCGAAAUUGGUCAGGUGGAUGUGUUAGGAGGAUUGAGUUGCAGUGCCGGAGGAAUACUAGUGAAGCAGGGCUAAGUGAUGGUGCAGAUGGUUUCAAAGAUUUUGACGGCAUGAAGUUGCCUGAUUUUGACACCGUAGUAUCUUUGGGGAAGUCUGAAACUUGCAAAGAAAUUUGUUUGCAGAAUUGUUCAUGUAAUGCUUAUGCGGAUGUUGAAGGAAUUGGGUGCAUGAUAUGGGUUGGCGAUCUGAUUGAUGUUCAGAAUUUCGACGACGGUGGGAAUACACUACACAUCCGACUAGCACAUGCUGAAUUAGGUAGCAGCAGAGAAUUAUCCAAUGCUGCAAUAAUUUCAAUUGCUGUGGUUGGAUCAUUCUUUGUGGUUUUAUCUUUGUGGCUUUUGUGGAGAUUCAGAGGGAAACUGAGAACUAUGCGCAAAGUCCCAUUAUCAUCAUGUUGCUACAGCAAGACAGACGAUACGCCAAUCAUGGAUGUGAGCAAGAAUGAAGAAUUCUCAACAGAUCUUUCAGGACCAGCUGACAUUAUUAUGGAUGUUAGUGAAGUAAAUGGUGCUGAUCUACCAAUGUUCAAUUUUAACAGCAUAUCAAUCGCUACGAAUAACUUUUCAGAAGAAAACAAGCUUGGGCAGGGAGGAUUUGGUCCUGUGUACAGGGGAAAGCUUCCCGGGGAACAAGAAAUAGCUGUAAAGAGGCUUUCAAAUAAAUCUCUCCAAGGCUUAGAGGAGUUUAAAAAUGAGGUUAUACUGAUUGCCAAACUACAACACAGAAAUCUUGUUAGACUACUUGGCUGCUGUAUUCAAGGGGAAGAAAGGUUGCUAGUCUAUGAGUAUAUGCCAAACAAAAGUUUGGAUUCCUUUCUAUUUGACCCAGCAAGGCAAGCCCUGCUAGACUGGAAAAAACGUUUUGUAAUUAUUGAAGGAAUUGCACGAGGGCUCCUCUAUCUCCAUCGAGAUUCAAGACUUAGAAUAAUUCAUCGUGAUCUAAAGGCAAGUAACAUUUUGUUGGAUCAAGAAAUGAACCCGAAGAUUUCAGACUUUGGCAUGGCCCGAAUGUUUGGGGGUAAUCAACAUGAAGCCAAUACCAUCAAAGUUGUUGGCACAUAUGGCUAUAUGUCCCCUGAAUAUGCAAUGGAAGGCCUAUUUUCGGUAAAGUCAGAUGUAUAUAGUUUUGGGGUAUUAUUACUGGAGAUUGCAUCUGGCAAGAGGUGCACUAGCUUCCGUUUCUCUGAAUUCAAUAACCUUGUUGGAUAUGCAUGGGCACUUUGGAAAGAAGGAAGAACAAUGGAACUAGUGGAUCCGAGCAUUCAAGAUUCAUGUUCUCAAAGUCAGGUGUUGAGAUGCAUACAUGUAGGGAUGUUGUGCGUGCAAGAUUCUACAAUGUACAGGCCAAAUAUGGCAAAUGUGGUGCUGAUGCUUGAGAGUCAAACUCCGACACUUGAAACGCCUCGACAACCCACCUUUGCAUCUACAAGGAACUCUGUGGAUGUCGCUCGUUCUAUGGGAACUCAUGAUACUAUGGAUAUUUCAUUGUCAGAAGGAAAAGAUACAUGGGCAUCUAUGUGAGUUUAAGCUGAUUCUAGUGCAGGCAGAUCUGAGUGGAGGCAGGAAAGAUCAAUUUUAAUCAGAUCAAACUGUAAUAUUAAUUGUGGAAUUGAAUCUCUCAAAUCUGGCUUGUAAGUAACUAAACUAUAUUCUAUUUAUAGAAAUGUUUGUAUAGAAGAAUCUUAUUUGAAACAUCUUUGUGUUCACAACUA